UUAAGUGUGUAGAGGGAAGGCUUACACACGAUAGACCGAAGUCAGCCAUCUGUUGUGUUCGUAUGAUAGUUGUGGUUGCUUAUACACACUGUGUACGAUCAUCGCUAUCCAUAGCAAAGAGAAGUGAGAACUAUUGCAAAAUUGUGUAGCUAUGGUCUGCACACACUUGCGAUAAAGAAGUUAUACAGAACGCGUAUACGCCCACUCUUGCUUGCAUAUAGAUUGAAGGUCACCACAUAACAACGUGCCACUAUGCCCGUGUUACUAACUACCACUCAAGAAGAUGGUAAGUCAGUACCGAAUACAGCAGAGGGGACUGUACGUACAAAUACGUUGCCUACAUCAGAAGUCAAACCCAUACUCACCCUGCAAGAAAUCCAGUCGCUGACAGACCCGUCGCAGAUAGGCGACUUGCUGAGGCAACUCAAUCAGCAUGAGCAACACGUGGACCAUGAAUUGGAUUUAUUGCUGGAUCGUACUGAGGCCUUGGACGACCAGAUGAAUUCGUUGCUGCGUUUGCAACCCAAGCUGAAUAAGCUGAAUACCGGCACUCAGUAUCUUGCAUCCACGGUGAGCCACACGUGCGAAUUGGCAGAAAGUGUCAGCGGAAAGGUCCGAGAGCUCGAUCUAGCUCAGACAAAUGUUCUAGUAACUCUGUCCAAGGUCCGAGAUAUAAUGGAUCUGAAGGAAUGUGUCGAGGGUGUGCUAGCUGCAAUGGGCCAAAACGACUACGCUGUUGCCGCUGUACAUGUACAUCGUUAUCUGUCAUUCGAUCCGGCACUCGUUGCAGUGGAGCUGAAAACUCUCGGCAUGACAGAAGGAAAACCAGCAUCCGAGAAGAUACAAGAAUGUGUCGACGAACUACACCAGCGAAUCAAUAGAGGAUUGGAUGAUGCCGUCCGUGAUAACGAUAUGAAUAGCAUCAAUAGGUACUUCAAGCUCUUCCCUUUGAUCGGUCUCGAAAUGGAGGGUAUGAGAAAGUACUCCUUACAUGUGUGUACCCAAGUUGCACUCAGGGCUCAACAACGUUUGAAGGCCGCUAUUCUGGAAGGAGAAGCUACUGGCGACGACCAAAAGAUUCAACUGGUAAAUACACUACAGCUGUUGUUUCAGGACAUAGCCGGUGAAGUAGAAAACCAGACACCCGUUGUCGAGACACACUACGGGCCUGGCCGUGUGUUGCCGCUGAUUCAGGCUUUGAUGAGGGAAUGCGAUCGACAAUCUAGUGCGAUAAUCGACACGUUCUUAACCAAACGUCUCGUCCACAAACUUGUGGCCGAUAUCAAUCAGGCGAGAUACUCGACGCACAGGGACAUACUGGUCGUUGCAAGCUCUACAUCCAAUACGACACCAGGUCCGGACCCACGCGAUAUCGAGGGUGUGCUGUGGGAACUGUCGGCAAUCGGUGGACAUUCGGGAGUAUUUGAGCGCUUCAUGCGCACCCGUGCCGAGGCAGAACAUCAUUGCCUAUCCAGUCCAACGAAGGAAGAGUUAGACAUUUCCAAAUCAGAAACCACCGAGGGAGGGUCGUCGCGUAGUCGCAGCACUACCCCACCAGCAGCCAACGCGGAGAUGAUAGUGUCUACCGGCGGGAAACUGAGCAAAGCAAGCCCUCUGAAGCGAUCACCCAGCAUACAAAUGCAUCCUGACGAGGAAACACGGCGCGAACAUAUAAAGAGGGAGAAAGAGCAGCGUGCGGCUUUCCUUGCAGGUGUCAGCUUAGAGCUCCUGUCUGGGAAGGAAACUGGAUUGAACCGCAGAGUACAGGAGAUUAUGGGACAAUAUAUUCUGAUUGAGGAGUGUUUCCUGAUGUCCUGCGUCCACAAAGCGGUGAAGCUGGACACACAUGAUCUUGGCCAGAUGACCUCCACGAUGAUUGAUGACGUGUUCUUUGUUGUGCAGAAAUGUUGCAACAGGGCAUUGCAAACUCAUAUGAUCGGGUGUAUCUGUGCCGUGCUCAACAAUGCCAACUCCGUUCUUGAGAAUGACUUCACAGCUGUUCUGCAGCGUAAUUUGACGACGGGUGUUGGAGAUACCAUGUCGCAGUUCUUCAGUACAGGCGAUUUCAAAAAUGUCUUGGAAAAGGUGCAACGCAAAAUGGACACAUCCGCCGUGAACCAAAUCUCGCAGUACCUAGUCCACCUGAACAAUGUCGAAACGAGUGGGCAAUACCUUUUGAAGCUACAGGGUGGGCUUAAAACCCAGUUCGCACAGUUCGCAUCUUCGCACUCAGAGAAAGACAAGCAAAAAGGUUUGGCCUGCCUCGACGACAUGCUGAUCAUACAAAAGUGUUAUAACCGUGUGCUGUCGGAAGCGUGGAAGAAAAUGUUCUCCAAGACUGUCUUCCCAGUACUCAUAUCGGCUUGCGAAGCUAUGCAGAGUGUCGAUUACGUCAUCAGCCUGCAAGAUUUGAACUUCUACGAAGUCAAUGAUCCUUUCGUCCAGGGCUUAAUCCGGGAUCUAGAUGAAGUUAUAAAUGCUUUCAAGCCGCAUCUGACAUCUACGAACUUUGUGACACUCAUGAAUUUGCUCAUACAGAAUCUUGCCGUACAGUUGGAGGCGGCCGUUUUAUCUAAAAGCUUCAAUCAAAACGGGGGUAUCCAAUUCGACAAGGAUUUGCGAACAUUAAUACAGUACCUAGCGAACAUGACGGAUGGAACUGUGCGUGAGAAGUUCGCACGAUUAACACAAAUAGCUACUAUCCUAUGCUUUGAGAAGGUGGCGGAUUUGAUGGACUACUGGGGCUCUGGGGCUGGUCUCGUGACUUGGAGAAUCACACCGUCAGAGGUGCGAAAGGCGUUGCAGUUGAGAACUGACUUCAGCCGAGCUGCUAUCAACAAGUUAAGGCUUUAAGCCAAUAAAACCUAGAUACGCCAUUACCAGCGUACCAAUAACACUAUUUAGUCGGCUCAGAUGCCAAUAAAGAGAUACAGUACUGC